CUAGGGUUUUAGUUGAAGAAGAUUUGAAACGGAAAACAGACCGAAGCAGCUGCAGCAGCUCGAGCUAAAAUCAGAGGGUUUUUACUCUCUCUUUCGCAGCGGAGAAACCGACUGUGAUUCUCUUUCUCUCUCAGCAGAGAAAACGAGUCGUGACUCUCUCUCUCUUUCUCUCCGAGGAGAAAAGGAUUCCUGAUUUUUUCUAACCAGAGAAAAUUUCAAGGAUCAUGGGCUCACCGAAUAUCAAAGACCUCUUUACAUCAUUCAGUCCUUCGUUGGACUUUUUAGCCAUUACUUCAGGAGAUGGUCGGAUUAAGAUAUGGGACACUUUGAAGGGACAAGUACAGACCGAGUUUGCAGACAUCACAUCAACUGAUGACACAAAUCUGUCCAGUAAGUCUGAAAGCGGGCAUCUUUCACUUGAUUACACUUGCAUGAAGUGGGUGCAUUUCGGGCACAAGAAGAAAAGGAAACCUGCGCAUUCGUUGUUAGUGUUAGGGACGGGCAGUGGUGAUGUUUUGGCUCUGGAUGUUGCAGCUGGUCAGCUGAGGUGGAGAGUAAAUGACUGCCAUCCUGGGGGUGUCAAUGCCAUUUCUUCUUCUAACAAGGGUUCAUGCAUAUAUACUGCGGGUGCUGAUGGUAUGGUUUGCCAGAUUGAUUUGUCUGCUGGGAGCCUAUUAGGGAAGUUUAGGGCAUCUACAAAGGCGGUGUCCUCUUUGUCCAUCUCUUCAGAUGGGAAAAUAUUAGCCACGGCAGCUGCUCAGUUGAAAAUUUUUGAUUGCCCUGAUAAUAAAAAGAUACAGAAGUUUUCUGGCCAUCCUGUUGCUGUUCGUUGCAUGAUCUUCACCGAAGAUGGGAAGUACAUCCUAUCUUCUGCUCUUGGUGAAAGAUACAUUGCAAUGUGGAAAAUAGAUGGUGUCAAAAAGCAAUCUGCAAGCUGUGUGCUUUCGAUGGAUCAUCCCGCAGUCUUUCUGGACAGUAAGGGCACAGAAAGUGGGGAAACAGAUGAUGAAAGUUUAAAUGUUUUAGCCAUUUCAGAGUUAGGUGUUUGCUAUUUUUGGCAUGGGAAGAACAUCGAGGAAUUACGCAAUUCUAAGCCUACAAAGAUCUCAUUAUCUCCUGAGGCAUCGCUCCCGAAGAAUCACAAGGGUUCGGUACCUACCAUAUUUGCUGCAAACUUACAAGGCAUUGUGAAACCUGCCUCUGGGCAAGUGUUUGUUGCUUAUGGUUCCAUAGUAAAGCCAUCAUUUGAGAAACUCCUAGUUCAGCGUGGUAUUGAUGUGAACUUAAACAGCUCCCAUGAUGGGGUUCUUUUGCCAAAAGAUUGGUCUUCUUCCAAGUCCCAGAAAGGCCAUGUGUUGCAAAAUGAAGUCAUCGCUUUAGACCGUGCAAAUGCUGAAGAUGCGGUACUUCCAAUACCAAAGCUACAUGAUGUUCAUGUCAAAAAGAGAAAGCACAAUAAGAUGCAAACUACCGUUGAUCAUGAAGAAGUAAUGGCUGAUGUUGUCGUUAGCAGGAAGAGUGAAGUUGGGCCCUUGAGCAUUGAAGAUGACCGGGAAAAGGUUGAAGAAGAUCCUGCUACAAUAUGCAUGGAGGACAGGCUUAGAUCACUAGGAAUCCUUGCUAAAGAGGAAGAUCUUGGUAAAGAGAAUUAUCUGGAGAUCCACCGAUUGGUUGAAGCUAACAUGCCAACAAAGAAGAUUCGGGCUGUUGUCUUAUCUAUGAGCCCCAGUGAUGCGUACAAGUCUCUGAAGGUCUUAGUGGCUGCAUGGAGGUCAAGGUCAGGCAGUGGAAAAUAUGUUCUUCCAUGGAUAUGCAGUAUAUUAGUGAACCACAGUCGCCAUGUAAUAUCUCAGGAGCCGUCUGUACACAUGCUUGAUACCUUAUGCGAGAUGACGAAGUCCAAAUGUGCAGCUAUUCAACCUCUAUUACAGUUGUCUGGCCGUCUGCAGCUCAUCAUGGCACAGGUCGACAAAGCAGGACAGAACACAGGUCCAGCACUAUCAAACGGUCAUCAGGUGGAUGAAAGUGACGAUGAAGACGAAGAUGAAGAUGUUGACGAAGUCGUUUAUGGACAAGAAGAGGAAGAGGAGGAAGAAGAUAAAUCCCCAAGUGAUAGCGAUGUUGAUAACUAGGCGCAUCGAAGAUCAAAAGCAAAAGUAGAAGUCACGGCGGUGAAAAAUCAAGAUGCAUGGAACAAGGUUCCAGAAAUCACCAAUCAACUCGCAAUUUGCAGUCACAUGCUAAUCAGUUUGUUGAGAGCUGCUCACGGAUCUCUUGCUGGUUCGAAUUUUGGUAACUACGAGUUCAAUCUUUUUAGUUCGGUAUUUCUGAUUUUUUCAGGCUCUGUUGACAGAUGCCUGGAUUUUGGUCUUGCUAAGAGGUACAAAAAUAGCUCCAACUGAUAUGAUGGUAAAAAAGAAAAUCCCAUGUCUUCAGUGUAAUAGGCAUUAUUUAUGCUAAAAUAUAAUAUCCUUGCUGCCGUCUACACAAAAUAGAAUCUGAUUGGCAUUGGUUGAUAUGGCUAGCAGCCACAACUGGUGUUGGAAGCAGUUCUUUUGACAUUGGCAAUAUUCUCUCUUCCUUCCUUUC